GGGGUAGAAAGGAACUGGCCACAGUCCGCACUAUCUGCUGUCAUGUGCAGAACAAGAUCAAGGGUGUUGCACUGGGCUUCCGUUACAAGAUGAGGUCUGUGUAUGGUCACUUCCCCAUCAACAUCGUAAUUCAGGAGAAUGGUUCUCUUGUUGAAAUUAGAAAUUUCUUGGGCGAAAAAUACAUCCGCAGAGUUCGGAUGAGGUCAGGCGUUGCUUGUGCAGUAUCUCAAGCCCAGAAAGAUGAGUUGAUUCUUGAAGGAAAUGACAUUGAACUUGUAUCAAAUUCAGCUGCGUUGAUUCAGCAAGCCCCAACAGUUAAAAACAAGGAUAUCAGAAAAUGUGUGGGUGGUAUCUAUGUUUCUGAAAAAGGAACAGUUCAGCAGGCUGAUGGAUAAGAUCU